CGAUAUCAGCACUACCUAAGGAUCUGGCGGUAAAGAUGUGCAUGUAUUUUAAUACUACGUCUUAAUUUCUGAAAACUACACUGGUAAGUAAAAAUAAAUAAAUAAUUUCAGUUCAUGAUCGUGACAGUAUGCCUCGGUUAAGAUAGAGAAAGAUAAAGAAACGAAAAAUACAAAUAUCACCCAACACCAGUCCACUGAACGUUUGUCAAACUUGAGAGAUCCAAAAUGAAAUGUAAAAGUAAUGAGAAAGAGCGUAUAUGACGGAAAUGUGAAAAGUGAAGAUUGUCCUUAAAAAUUAUUUUAAAGCUCUACCAAAUUAAUUAAUAAAAAUGAAUGAGAAACACUAGAUGAACUCACUUAAUGUCAAAAGCUGAAUCCCCCACAACCACCUCCCAGAUCCAGCACCUUUCUAAUGGUCAAUUAUGUGAUGCAACACCUUAGCAACCAGAAUAAAUGACAAUCCUUGGGACUUUCCGGUGGACCGAUGCCUUUUAGGCUCCCUCGUUUGAUGGCAUUAACAGGCACUGCUUGCUUAUAAAUGCCAUAUUUUUAGAGGAUUUCACAGGAGGUGGGACUUCUCAGGGUAACCUAUUAAAGGCUCCAUAACAUCCUGAUCUCAACAUCAUCAGGACAGAUGCGGUAAAGAUGCUUUCUCUGAUCAAGCUCAGAUUAGUAUUCCUGUUGUGUGGUUUCUUCAUUUUUGGGGAUCCUGUGAAAACAGACGAAUGUGUGAAUGGAUCAACAGUCUCCACUCCCUUCUGCUGUGAAGGGACAACCUAUGACCCUCGAAACGACACUUGCUGCGGACAUGAUGGAAACAAAGCAGGUAUCCUGACUGAAGGACUGAGUGAAAGGAUGUCUCAAUGCUGUGGAGAGAAGGCAUACAACCCACUUAAUGAAAUAUGCUGUAACCAAACUGUGAAACCCAAACCUUCACAUAAUCCCAAAUGCUGUGGCACAGUGCCUUAUGAUGAAAGGAAUAACGUGUGCUGCAGUAACAAAUUGCUGAAGAAGCGUAGUCCUAAGCAUCAGUGUUGCUACGGGAAACUGUUUGACUCUACUAUUGAGAAUUGCUGCCAGAAUAAGUUUCCUCGGAUACAGAUGAAAAUCAAUCGUUCCUUAGGCUGUGAGAAGAACUUACCAUCUGAUCCCACAAUGUUUGGAAAUAAUACGAGUGAGUACUUGGGUGCUGACAACCAAAUCAAUGAGAUCAACAAAUCAGACAAGACAAAUGCUUCGUCUACCCUGGAGGUUUGUGGCACCGGGGAUGAAACGGAGUGGUACCAUAAGAAGGAAGGUUUUCAAUGCUGUGGUCACCACUAUAUCAACACCACCCUCUGGUAUUGCGAUAAAGAUAAACUGCAUGCCAAAUUUAACGUCUAAACAUCACUGAGAGAACAUUCAAGCAAAUAAUAGCAAGAUCUUUGCUUUUAAUCACCAUUUGUAAAAGCAGAGUCUUGUGUAUAUUCCUCUUUUAUUUAAUUUAAUCGGCUAUUCUGGAUGUCACGACUCUGAACAGCAGUGUCCUAAAAUUGAGUGAAGAGACAGACGGCUGCUGCCGUACUUCAACAUCCCAUCAUCAUGAGAACACCUAUUCCAUAUGUUUCAGAAACUAAGCUGUGUGAAAUAUGCAAUUGUUUAAUCAUGUUUUGACUGACUAGCCGCAAUUUCAGUUCUCAACUCCACUUUGUUCAUGUGUUCUCAAUAGGUUGCCAGUGGCUGGUCCUACAUGCUUAUUGUUACUGUAUUCCAUCUAAUUUUUGCAGUGCUAAAUCAGCGUGAUCAAUUUAGCUAAGAACCAGUCUGUCUUUCCAUGUUUAAAGAACCAGCUCUGCAUCACGGCUGUAAACUAUACUCUACAUUUUUGUCGGUAGCUUAUGUACCCAAAUGACUGUUUUUGUCUCCGAUCCAUGUCAACGGCUCAAUUAUGAUGGCAGUUCUAACAGUCAGUGGUUUGGAACACACUUUAUUCACAAUGCCAGCUGGAUCUUUACGCUCGUCUUUGAUUUGUCUCGUUGUGAACCGGGAGUGGGUUGAUGGUGCUGUUUUUGCAAGUCAGAAUACAGCGGGAUUUGUUAUGGGUUUUGGUGCUAACUGCUAUCUGGAAUACAACCACAUAACUAUAUUCAAAGACAAGAAUAUGUUUACAAAUAACUAUUUAUAGCACUAUUGGUGCUCUUGUUGAAGAGGCACACAGAAUGUUAGAAGUGCUCAUGGAAAACCGAAACGCCUCUGCGAUAAGCUCUGGCUUUCCCAGUCGCAUUAGCAACUUCAGGGGUGUUUUUGUUGCUUUUUUGGGCUGGGACUCGGGACUCUGACAUUUGUUGGGAAUUAAAUCAUCAAUGUUAAAUAGAUUCAUCUUUUAAAGAGAAUAUUUGAGCUCAGUUGUACAAAUGAAUCCCUUUGAACAACUUAAAUUAUUUGAUUUUUGACCUGACUUGUCAAUAUUUAAUGAGUUUUUGUCCAAUUUGAGGCACUUUAAAAUGUAAAAUAGCUCAAAAGCAACAUUUUCUGCCUAUAACGUCACUACCUUUUGAAAGGCAGUGACAUAUUUCUUUCUUUCCUCUAUGUCAGCUGUGAAUUGGUGCCACAAAGAGUCGACUCUUUGAGGAGUGUAAACAGACCUGGUCAUAAGCAAGCAUUAGCACAAGAAAUUUAUUCAUGGGUUAAAAAAACAACCUGUGUGCAAAUACAGUCUAUACUUACAAUCUUUAGGAUUUAAAUAGCUUUUCACUCCAGUAAUAACAUUUGUUGCUGCAUUUAUGCUAUACAUACAACUACCUAAUUACUAUACACAUUAUUCCAUGUAAGCUAGAAAGUUUCUCUAUCUUUCCUACAUCAAAAUUCUGAUGCAGUUUUUCUUAAGCUGAAAUUACUGCCACUAAAUAUGUAGAAAUGUUAUCUCAUCUGCAUGCCAUGUUUAUCUUAAAGGGGGGGGAAAGUAUUAUAUAAAAUAGACUUCUUUGAGCUUUACGUCAUGAACCGCGUGCCGUCCUCGACAACAAAGCUCAGUCUUUAGGCGUCUGAGCAUCCGCUCUACAGAGCAUCACACCCCCCCCUGCAGAAGCUCGUUUGAGCUCCUUCAGACUAGCCAGAAGUAAUUACUAGUGAAACUCUGCAUUUGAUUCUCCCAAAAGGCGAGAGUGUCAGAAAGAGCAAGAGUUCUUAGGCACAUUGCAUUUUGAAAUCAUAACAUAUUGUUACAAUGUUACUGUCUACAGUGGUAAAAGUGAAGCUCAAUCAGUGAAAAAAAGCUAUCCCAUCAUUCCACCAUAUGUUUUCUGCUCGUCUUGGGGGGAGAUCCAUUGUCCAAGCAGUAUCUAUAAAGGCUGCUGGAGUUUAUUUCCUGCAGAUUUUUGCCCAGGGAAACUAUUGUUUAUGUUUAUAACAGCUACACUGUUUAUUUAUAAGCUUAAUAGAUGUCAUAUAA